UUACAAUUUUAUAAGUAAAUUUUUAGGUUUAACAAUUUUAGUCUCCAUGAUAAAAGCGUCACAAAUAAAUAAAAAUUUAUAUAUUGAUUUUUCCAUUUAUUUUAUCUGAUUCUGCAUUGGCUUAAAUAAGAGAUAAUAACGGACUUUUCGUUAACUAUCACCAGAAAAGGCACCAAUUUAGUUCCCUCCUGAGACUUGUUCCGCCAAAUUCUUCUUUCUUCUGAUUAGGGUUUUUUGGUUUGUAGUUCUCAUCCUUCCUUUCAGAGCCAAAUCUACGCCAUUGAAUUGAAGCUUGGAUUUUCCAUUUGAGCUUGGAGGAUUGCUUUUUGAAGGUAUAUUCUAGACGAUUCAUGCCUAUUUAUAUGAUUCUUCUUUCUUGUUCAAUGGAUAAAUCUUGGAUUGGAAAGCCACAGAACACAGCUGAAUAUGAACAUGGUUUGAAUGAAUUUUUAGAUUUUGCAUUUCAGAAUUCGGCUGCUGGAGAUACAAUAAGAUGUCCAUGUCCUAUAUGUGGUUUUAGCAAGUGGAAAAUUAGAGAUAUAGUGUACGAUCAUUUGAUUUGUAAGCCAUUCCCACAAAAUUAUGUUCUUUGGGAUCUUCAUGGUGAGAAACGGGUAGCAAAGUCUUCUGGUAAUAUAGAUGUAAUGCAAGAGACAUUUCACCCAGAAAAUCCAAUAGAAACAAUGAUUAAUGAUGCAUUUGGGCACCAAAGUUACCAAGCUGCUGAUGUAGGGAUAUCGCAACCAUUGGGUUCAGAUGAAAUAUCAAAUGAGGGGCAUCGAGAGGAGCCUAGUGACUUUCAUAAUUUUCUCAAAGAUGGAAAUGAAACAUUGUAUGAAGGUAGCAAGUUCACAAAGCUAGAGUUUAUAAUAAAGUUGUAUCAUAUAAAGGUCUUGUGUGGAUUAAGUGACAAGGCAUUGUCUAUGAUACUGGAUUUGCUGAGAGAUGCAUUUGAAAAUGCAAAAUUCCCUCCUUCCUUUUACGAGGCCAAAAAAAUCAUUAACAAACUUGGUCUUGACUACACCAAGAUACCGGCAUGUCCAAAUAAUUGUAUGUUAUAUUGGGACGGUGAUUCAGAAUUGGAAGCAUGUAAGUAUUGUGGUACAUCUAAAUGGGACCCUAAGAAGAAGAAAAAGCAAGCUGCAAAGAUUUUGCGUUAUUUUCCACUAAAACCAAGGUUGCAAAGAUUAUAUAUGUGUCGUAAGACUCAUAGAGCACAUGAGAUGGCAUGUUUCGGGUAGUAACAGAGAUGGGUUGAUAAGGCAUCCACGGGAUGGUGAGGCCUGGAAGACAUUUGAUCUGACACACUCUGAAUUUGCUUCGGAUCCUCGAAAUGUUCGCUUAGGCCUUGCUAGUGAUGGUUUUAAUCCUUUUGGAACAAUGAGUUCUACCUAUAGUAUUUGGCCAGUUUUCUUGAUUCCGUACAACCUUCCUCCUUGGAUUUGUAUGAAGCACACAUCCUUCAUCCUAUCAAUGAUCAUUCCAGGAAAGCAGAUGCCUGGAAAUAAUAUUGAUGUGUACUUACAACCCCUCGUAAAGGAAUUACGUGAGCUAUGGAAUGAUGGUGUGGAAACUUUUGAUUCAUCAUCUAAUGAAGCUUUUAGAAUGCGAGCAGCUCUUAUGUGGACAAUUAGUGACUUUCCUGGGUUAGGUAUCCUAUCUGGCUGGAACACACAUACCGGUUUUGCUUGCCCAACUUGUAACUUUGACUCAGAACCUUGUCGUCUUCGUCACAGUAAAAAGUGGUGCUUUAUGGGUCAUCGACGCUUCCUAAAAAGAAAUCAUAGAUUUAGAUUGAAUCGAGUUCUCUUUAAUGGAAGCACAGAGGAACGAGAUCCACCAAUAAAAUUAUUAGGAUCUGAUAUUUUGCGUCAAAUAGAAGAAGGGAGAGGAGCAGCUUUGGAUGGCAGAGGGAAAAGACCGAGACGAGCAACUAAGCAAUGGAAUAAGAGAAGUAUAUUAUUUGAACUUCCAUAUUGGGAGACUAACUUGUUGCGUCAUAAUCUAGAUUUUAUGCAUAUUGAAAAAAAUGUAUGCGACAAUAUUUUAUAUACACUUCUUCAUGAUAGAUCAAAAUCAAAAGAUCAUAUUAAUGCCCGAAAGGAUCUAAAAGAAAUGGGAAUAAGGCGCGAUCUUUGGCCGGAUGAUGAUGGAACAUAUCGUCUUGCUGUGUUUUCGCUUACGCGUGAUAAUAAGCGUGAUACCAACAAGUUGUUUCUUACAACUUUGAAGAAUGUUGUAGUACCAGAUGGCUACUCGAGUAAUAUUUCUAGAUGUAUUGAUUUGGUACAAAGAAAGAUUUUUGGGUUGAAAAGUCAUGACUGUCAUAUUAUCAUUGAGCAAUUGCUACCAUUAGCGAUUCGUAAUGUGUUGCCAGACAAUGUAACUGCAGUUUUGGUAGAAUUCUGCUCAUUUUUCAGAGAACUUUCUAGCAAAAGCUUGAAUCUUUCAGAUCUUGAUAAGCUCCAAGAGCGCAUUGAGAUUACACUUUGCCACCUAGAGAUACUAUUUCCUCCAUCAUUUUUUACAGUCAUGGUUCACUUAACUGUCCAUCUAGUACAGGAAGCAAAACUCGGAGGUCCAGUGCAUUAUCGGCAUAUGUAUCCUGUGGAGAGGGAAUUAGGUCAUUUUAAGUCCUUUGUACGGAAUAAGGCACGAUCAGAAGCUUCUAUAGCGGAGGGUUACUUAGCUGAAGAAACUCUUACUUUUUGUUCUCGGUAUAUGGAGGAUAUUGAGACAAGGUUCAAUAGACCUAGGCGUGUUCGUGAUGACCCAAAUGACAUUGAACCUUUUGGAACGUCCUCUAUCUUCCCUCAAUUAGGUAAACCUGCAUCAGCUCCAGAAAAUCUCCUUUUAACUCAUAUGCAGAAACUACAUGCUCAUCGAUAUGUGCUUCUGAAUUGUGCAAUAGUCAUGCCAUUUGUGGAUGAAUUUAGACAGUAUAUAAAGAGGAGUUCAAAAGGAAGAAAACCUUCACCUACAGAUAUAGAAAAAAGAGUUAAUAAAGAGUUUGUUGAUUGGUUCAAGAAGCGGAUUAUGAAUCCGGACACAAUAGACACAAUUUCUGCUGAUCUAAUAUUUCUAGCACGAGGUCCAUCAGUAAAUGCAAGAAGAUUUACUGCAUAUAACAUCAAUGGGUUUAAAUUUCGAAUCUUGGCUCGAGAAGAAGGUCUGAAAACACAGAAUAGUGGAGUUUUUUUAACCUCUAACACAUCAUGUGUUGCAAGUAGUGUUGAUGGGAAUUUAAGGCAAGCUGACUUACCAUAUUAUGGGAAGUUAGAAGACAUAAUUGAGAUUAAUUAUUAUGGUCGGUUCAGGGUUGUUCUUUUCAAAUGUAAAUGGGCAGACACUACUCGAGAUAGAGGGUAUAAAAAGGAUCGUUGGAAUUUUAAUUGUGUUAGUUUUGAUAGAUUGAUUCAUUCUGGUGAACGGGAAGAGCAUGAGCCUUACAUUGAAGCAUCUCAAGCACAAAUGGUGUUCUAUGUGGAUGAUGUGGUCAAUAAAGGGUGGAGUGUUGCUGUGCAUAUAAAACCAAGAGAUUUGUAUGAAAUGGGAGAAGAAGUAGUGGAAGAUGAAGUAUAUGAGAAUGAACCAUACCAAGAGCAAGAUCUUGAACAAUAUUUUGGCCAUGGUGAUGAGUAUAUACAACUGGCUACAGACCAUCUAAUUGGUGAGGCGAAUGUUGCUACUAACUUAAGAGUAGAUGCCAUGUCUGAAUAGAAAACUUAUUUAUAUGGUGCUUUAUCAGAAGAUUGAGUUGGCAGCAGCGACAACAAUGGGUGAUCAAGAAAGCAAAAAGGAAAUCCAAGAAUGCACUACUAAGAAUGUUAUAAGAUGAAAAAGUGCAUGCUAUAUGGAUUGAAAGGAACUCCAGAAUCUUCAAUAGAGUUGAGAGAAAUGAAGAGAGCAUAGCAAGAUCUUACAUCGCAAGCUCAAAGGAUUCUCAAUUUAGAUAAAUGCAAUGCCGGCGUUUCUUGCAAGAGCUUUAAAAUGAUGUUCAUGCAUUGCAAAAGGAUUGACGAUCAAGAUUGGCAGUGGAAAGGUCGGAUUUCAACACUAGUCUGCUGCUUGUGGCGUGAAAAACUUUUAGAAAAAAUGGGGCGAGAAUGCUACAGCUGCUGGUUCUGUUUUUGCCUAUCUUAAUGGUCUGUUAGUUUGAUAUGUCAGAUGUAUGGUACAACUAUAAUUUUUUUCAAGUGAGAAGAAUAUGUCGACAGCCUAUGUACUGGCUCUGUUUCUACUUUUGGGCCGAAAAGGACGUACGUUGCAACUGGAAUUGGCAAAUGCAGAUACUGCAUUAGUUAAGGAGUCGUUCGCUGAAUAGUAUACGAGGAAGCUAGAGGAAGCAGAAGAUGUUACAAGAAGCAAAGACAACUUUGUCCGUUACUUUUAUUUUUGCAAUUUUGCUUACAUUGCAUUGGCUAGGUUAUUAGAUUGUAAAGUCAAUUUAGGAUACACUAUAAGCUCUAAAUUGAUAUUAGCUAUAAUUAUUUUUGCAAGCUCAUAUUUUUCCCACAUUGUACAGACAAGGUUGAAUUUUAUUAAUAACAGAGGCCGAUAGAUA